AUGUCUCGUCGAUUUUUGAACCGUAAAAAUUCAGUGCGAAUCAAUCGGCCGUAUUUCAAAACAACAACGUGUAAAAAAGUGUUGAAUAAUAACAACGGACACAAUGCGAUCAAACAUGCAACGGAAAUAGAAAAAUGUAUGGUCGCGAACAAUAAAAUAAUUUCCGAGUGGAUACAAACAGUAUCUAAAAAAGGAGAGUCCAUCAAAGAGUUGUUCAAACAGGAUUCGAAUGGCGACACGCAAUUGACGAAAGCCAUUCUGAACAGACUUGACUACGCUGCGCUAUGGCUGAUCAACAGGGUCAAAAACAGCGAGGUCCUGGACAUUCGCAACUCCAAAUUACACUCAGCCCUGCACCUGGCCGUGUUGUCGGGCAACUCCGGCGUGACCCGGAAGCUCGUGCUAUCCGGCGUGGACGUCCAACUCGAAACGGAGGACGGCAACACUGCCCUGCACCUGGCCUGCAUUAACAGCGACGUGUACUGUCUGGAAGCUCUAACGUUGCCCUUCGACCUGGAGGACCGGCCGGUGGUACACAAGAACUUACGAGACUGCCAGGGGCCAAAGUUCGACCUCGAAUCAAAAAACCGAGAAGGGCUGACGUGUUUGCACAUAGCCGCGAAGAACUGCAAAGAAGUAGUUAUCUGUCACCUGCUGGCAUCCGGUGCCAAUGUGAACGCAACGGAGGAUGUGACUGGUAAAACAGCCCUGCAAUUGGCAGCUCAGAAUGGAUCUCUGAGCACAGUUUACGCUCUAAUGAGCAACGAGAAGUGUGACUUGGACAAGAAAGAUAGCGCAGGAUCGACGGCUUACAUGAUCGCGGUGAAUUGUGGCCAUCGGGAUGUGUGCAAUUUCUUGCGGAGUAUGGAGGAAGAGAAGACACGAGUGCCGGAUUUUAUCAAGGUUGACUAA